GACGCGCUUUAAUAACGCAGCAUCGCAGUCACAGUUGCGUUUUGCAUCGAUUCGCCUUGAUUCGAUUUGAGUCGAGUUAAGUUGAGUUGGGUUGCGAACGUGUCUGAUUGCGUCCCACGUUUGACAACUGACAACUUUUUACUUCGUUUUUUUUUCAUCGUUUGUAAAGCGUCCACAGUGGUCCACACGCUCGAUUUUGUCCGCGCAAGGUGAUUUGCUUUUGCGUCUCCAUGUGGGAAUAUCGUGACACGUCCGAACUGCUGUCGGCGCUGCCAGUGUUUGCGUUUACCUCACCGAGUCGCGACUAAACAUUCAAUUAUAUCUAAAAAUAUUUUUCCCGUGUUGCAGUCACCUAACAAGUGUAUAAGUGAAUUGAUUGUGUCUAUAAACAAGGAUUACAAAUAGCGAUGAGCCUCUAAGUUAUAAAGAAUACGUUGGAAAGUUUUGAGCAAUCGUUAUUUAAAUGCCCAGAGAGGGAUCCAGGCCGUUAGGGGCGUUGAGCGGUGACGGCGAAGGACACUUGGUGCGCGCGCACGUGCGCAAAGAGCGCCUCACCAAGGACAAGCACCAGCUGGCCGAAGAGGCCGCCAAAGUUCUCACACAAGUCGAUCGCAUCGACUGCCUAAGCUCCGAAAACGGCUCAUACCCUGAAAAGUUUCACACACUACCAGCGCGUCGAAAAUUAAAGCAACCGCCUGAGUUUUCCGCGUCUUUGGACCGCAAAGCGAGACGUAGAAACAGUGCGGAUUUAGUGGUGCCUCCGAAGAAGCCACCGCGUACGUUUGCUAACACGCACCACACUCUGCAGCAUCCUGUCAAGCCGAAGAAGUCAUCGUUGAGACGGGCGGUGAGCGACGCUGCUGGCCUGCGCGGCGACAAUGAAUUGCGCCAUCGCCGCGAGAAAACAGCCGGCGAAGGCGAGGACGCGUCCGCAGUGCUGAGGCUCCACCAUAAGAAGCAGCUGUCACCAAUUAUAGAAGUUACGCAACGCGAGGACUACUUUACGCCCACGUUGAAACCGAGCACCAGCUUCAAGGAGAAUGAUAAAAAUGUAGAUAACGACGCGCGAGCGCCAGCGAGAAGGAAGAAACCAGCGCAGCACCAGCAGCACUCAGUCGGUGACGACCGCGCGGCGUCAGCGGCCGGCGCCGUUUUGCAUACGACAAAUAGCAAGCCCACGGCGUCGCCCGAAAUCAAAAAUCAAGUUGUCGUGAUUGAUGUCGACAAGGCGACCAAGAUAGGCAAGCGUGACGACGCAAAGGACUCGAAGCUAUCGGCCGCUGCCAUUGGCAGAAAGAUCAAAUCUCUGGCGAUCAAGACAGCUGGAAAGAAGAAGAAAUUCAAAGACAAACUCACGCCCAUUGCUAAAACUCCAGUGAAAACAACUAUCCCUCGUCAAGAGGUGUCAAAAUAUAUUCCACCACCUCCGCCGCUGCCACUUCCGGUGAAUUCUCUUGUGAAGGACGCCAUUGAUAGCAUUCACAAUCGAGCUCACCAGAGUGAGAUGAUCCACAGUAGCCAGCAGCCAGUUGAGAGAUUGCCACUCACGCGUGGUCGCACCGUCGACACGAUGGUGAAGAAACUCAGCUAUGAGAGUUCGUCGCCACCGCCGAAAACGAACAUCAUGAUCACACCCAAUGUCUCCGUGCAGCAUAAUAACAAUCAGCCGUUCUCGUACACUCGCGGUUUGUCGCCCGAGCGGAGUCCCACCAGCCCGACUAGUCCCAUCAUCUACGCCCAGGUGGUGUGCACCAACGGCACGAAUGGCACCGGUGGCAAACAAACAGUUCACACAGCCUACACUGGUAAGAAACACCUUCCACACUCCGAUUCGGAUGAAGGGCUUGGAUAUGAGGAGAAUUCAGGUUUCCGGUCUUCGGAGAAAAGCAUCACUCACUUUGGUGAUGAUAAAUAUAACAUGAAGACGGAUUAUUACAACAAUGGCAAUAAUGAUUCGCGUUUUGAAGAAGAGUAUCCGAUUACUCCAAAGUUUCAAAGUAACGCGUAUAAUGGCUACCAUUAUGAUAGUAAGUUUACCAAGGUGGAUCAAGGCAUGUUUAUUGAUUCAUCUUCACGUGGACGAGGUGAUGGCAUGGAUUCCAAAAGACGUGAGAGUUUAACGGAGACUUUCGAAAAUGGAACCAAUGGAAAAUUUAUUUCGAAUAAUAAUGUUGUUGUUGGAAGCGGACGGAAAGAUCUAAGUGCUCGAAGAGAUUUGUUAGAAUCACGGAUUACAAGAAGAUUUGGUGAGAAACGAGGAUCACCUGAAUAUUCCCCGAAACCUACCUACAUUACCGAGACCACUACCAGAUAUUACCGGAGUGGAUCUGCUAGUCCCGUUCCAGGUCGGGAUAAGAUCACAUCCGAAACAAAAGUCGAAACGAAAAAGUAUCAAACCGAAAAGUACCGCUACGGAUUUGAUCCAGAACCGAAAAGUUUCGACUCACAGGCGAGCGAUUACAGAUCCAGUCCCGAGAGUAGACCCUUUGAAACUAGUCAUAGGAAUACCCACACGAAUAAAUACACGCUUAAAAGUCAGCAGCAGCAGCAACAGUUGACCAAGGAUCGUAACUUUUACAAAUCCAAUCCAGAGAUUCACAUGCGAUCGUACAACUAUGACGAUCACAGACGUUUCCAUGACAGUUAUCAUGAUUCACUGAAACGUGGCGAGAUAGAACGUAAAGAUAAAUUUGGUGAUUCCGGUAUUGAGAACGACUUCCGGAGAGAUUCCGGCGAGAGGCGGAAACGCGGCGAGUGUUCCAACGAGAGCGAAGACGAAGGGUUUGCUAGUUCACUCCUGAUCGCCAGUGAAAGGCAGCAUACAGAAGAUAAUUUCGCACGGCGUAAUCGACGUGGAUACGACUCAGAUCGAGGUUAUAUCAAAGAUGACGACUACCGGAACCUGGAGACGAUGGAGUACAGAAAGUACAAGCACGAUUACGCGCCCAGGGAGCGCAGCAUCGACGACGGCUCGCAUUUUGAUCCACGGAUUGAUAAAAAUGUCCUCGUGGAUAGACGCAACCUAAAGAAGAUUGACAAGAAACCACCGAAACCUGAGAAGAAGAGUAACUUGGAGAAGGUGAAGCAAUUAUUCACCAGCAGCAAGAAAAAGAAGGAGAAACAAGCGAUGGUACGUGAGGAGAGCCUGCGGGCGAGAUACACUGAAUACAAAGGAGGCGAGACCAAGUUCCGAGCCAGCAAUGGUCCUCCAUCAAACACGGGUUACGACUAUAGGAGACGCAUUUCUCCUAGUCCUUCGCCAACGCGCGAAAAUCAACGAAAACCGACGCCAUCUUUACACAGCAGUUGGUUUAAAUCUUUGGAUAGAUUAUCUAGAAAGAAAACCAAGAAGUUGGAAAAAGAUGGUAAUCAAACGAGUACCGAAGACGAAAUAACGAAGCCGACAAAGAGUCUACGAUUUUUCGGCGACACCGAUCAAGAAUCGAACGAUAGCGUACCGCACAAAUCGGCGCUAAAGCAGCAACGCUCUGCAUUAACCACGAAACAUCGCAGUCAAUCGACGCGCGAUCUGCACAACAUCUCCGAAGAGUCGCACAAGCGCAAUCAUCACAAAUCCAUGCUCAACAUUCAUUCCGAGACGGAACGCGACGCAAAGGGACGUAUGAUUCUUAAGCCACCAGUAUCUCCGUCGCAUCGUGUCCGCGAGCCUGCGAAGCAACGCGAUGAUCGCAGUCGCCGGCGGAAGAACGAGGUCAGUUCUGUGGAGAGCUCCACCGAGGGUGACAGCAGUCAGCAAUCACAACGCAGCGUCGUUUAUCUACACGCUGCUACUGUUGGUGAUAUACCAGGACCUGGUUACCUCCGCAAUGGUCGCCGUGCAGCAUCCCGUGAAGAACUUGCCUCGAAUGGAUCCAGCCGUAUUCAACCGCAUGCGAAAACUCUCAGCCGUUCAUUUUCCGUUCUUGCACCAUGGAGACCUCGCCAUUAUCAGGAGGGUAUGGACAUCGACUAUACGCAAUAUCCCAAGCCGGUGAAGAACGGCAAAUACGAGCAGUAUCGUAGCGGAUCUAGUCGGCGCGAAUCGUCCACCCUCAAGAAGAAAGCAGCCGAGUCUCGACGUUCCAAUCAGAACAUUUCAACACUCGGUAAUAAAAAGUCUCGCAGUAAAGAGAACAUUUCCACCUUAAAGCGAGGAGAAGUGAAGAGUUCCAGUUCAAGUUUGUAUAAGAAAAAGGAACGCCAACCGAAAGAAAACAAUCGGUACAACCGGGAGGAGAAACGCAUGGCUUCCAAGAGCAUGUCGGUGGAGUCACUCGGUAGCAAUCGCAGCGGAAGUCGCAAAGGUGAAGUCUCCAGGUCUGUUUCGAUGCCGCGCGAUCCCGAGAAGAGCGCUGGAUGGUUCAAUAUGUCAAAGAAGAGCAAAAAACACGUCGAGUAUUGACAUUGAUGUACAUUGUGUUAAUGUGUUGAGAUUUAGGACUGUACCGACAAGUGCCAUUCAUUUCAUAACGAAUUCGUUCUCUCAAUAAUUUUAAGACGUAAAUUUUCGGAGAUGAACUAAUUAUGAUAAUAAUAAUCGCAAGUGCCUUAUAUAGCCGUAGGGGUGAUGAACGUGGCAUUGAGAUGUUCAUAAACACUAAGUUUUUUGUUCCAGCUAAUAACAUACAUUCCGAUAACAUAUAAUGCUUACUGAAUCUUUUUUAUCGUUGCGAGAAUUAUGGGUGCUAUAAUGUAAUUAAUAGGUUUGACAUAGAUAUCUCUCUGUAUGUCUGUAAAAUUGUAAAUAACACAACAAUCAUUUUGGGAUCAAGUGUAAUUUGAAUUUUUUUUACUGAUGUACACGUGUGUAGUAGUAAUGCCGGGAGCAUCAACAAGUAGCACUUGAAUCAUGUUACCAAAUUUCUCUCCGUGAGUAAAUAUUACAUCGUGAAUCAUUUAUGUGCGUAAGGGACGAGAUUGGCAGGUAAUUUUAAGUAUAUUUGUCUUUGAUAAUGUAUAAUUUCACUGUUGAUUUAUUCACUCAUGAUAGUUACAAAUAGUCAUGUAAUUAUAAUUUCGAAAUAUUUGCUGUACGUUAUAAAAAUACAUAAUUUAGGACAUAAAUAAAACAAAUAUAAUAAA